GCCCCGCGCACUGGGUCUCGGCCGCCGCGUCCCGGCCCUGCCCGGCCCCGCGCGAAUGGAGGCGGUGGAGGGGGGACGCCUGCGCGCCGCGUCCCUCCUUGAGGCCCUGUCACAGCAGGACCCCGCUCCUGGCCACCUGCGCCGUUACCAUCUUGGCAAGCACCUGGUGGCCGGCCCCGGCCCUUUGGCCCCUGUGGUCCGUCCCCGCUUCUCCGAGCUACUGGAGGGCAGAGCCGCUUGUUUACCUCCGGUGCGUGGCCAGCCCUGUGGGCGAGUGGUGGAUGGUGGCCCAGGGCAGAGGCUGACCAGAGCCGGAGGUUUUCCCCGGGGAGCCCUCGAGAGACGCUGCCUGCCGCUGACCAGCCCGGGAUUUAUGGAGAGGGCCUCAGAGGGCCCCUCUGCGUGCUGCUGCGGCCAGCAUCGCCGCCGCGCCUGCUGCUGAGACCCCGCGCCCCCGGCCCUCACCAUUGCCCUCGCCCGCCCACGGCCCCCGCCGCCCGGCCCGGGGCCGGCUCUGCCGCCUGAGCCCCCCGCCCCCUUCCAGGACUCGCCGUGCCCCGAUGGGGUAACGUGACGGAGGCCCCGUGUCACAGCCGCCUGCACCCACCCCAAGGCCGCCCCGCUGGUUCAGCUCGAGUUCGUUCUUCCUUCGGUCCUUGGGGGUUUGGGGCCUUUGAGGGAAGGCGGCCGUCGACCUGUCCACGGAUGCAGACGGGGCGUCCCCAGCGACCGGACAGCGCUGGCCACGGCCGCAGCGGCCGGACUCACUUUGGGCUUUUUAAAGUUUUCUUUGCUGACUGUUUUUGGUUGUCGUUGUUUUUGCUCUUGCCCCCUUGUGAUUAUCCGGCUCCGAGAGGCAGGAGCUUGGACUGGUCCAUUUUACUUCUGGGGGGCUCUUUCGUUCCUUUCGUUUUUUAAAGAGUUGGGUUUUCUUUUUUAAUUAUCCGCCCGUCAAUCCGGGCAGCAUCCUCCCCCCUCCCAAGUAUUUGCACAAUAUUUGUGCGUGGCGUGGGGGGCAGGUUUUUAAAGAAGCAUUUCCUCUCUCUCGUUCGAGCACAGGGAUCUCAUUCCCCCUUGGGUUCUGGGGGCGCUGGGGCCUCCUCCCGCCCGCGUCCCCGGCGCCGCCCCGCCUCCGGGGCGUGGCCAUGGCGCGGAUGAACCGGCCGGCCCCCGUCGAGGUCAGCUACAAGAACAUGCGCUUCCUCAUCACGCACAGCCCCACCAGCGCCACCCUCAGCAGCUUCAUCGCGGACCUGAAGAAGUACGGGGCCACCACCGUGGUGCGUGUGUGCGAAGUGACCUACGACAAGGCCCCGCUGGAGAAGGACGGCAUCACCGUCGUGGACUGGCCGUUUGACGACGGGGCGCCUCCACCCGGCAGAGUGGUGGAGGACUGGCUGAGUCUGCUGAAGACCAAGUUCUGUGACGACCCCGGCAGCUGCGUGGCUGUGCACUGCGUGGCCGGCCUGGGACGGGCUCCGGUCCUCGUGGCUCUGGCCCUCAUCGAGAGUGGAAUGAAGUACGAGGACGCCAUCCAGUUCAUCCGACAGAAGCGGCGUGGAGCCAUCAACAGCAAACAGCUUACCUACCUGGAAAAAUACCGGCCUAAGCAGAGACUGCGGUUCAAGGACCCACACGCACACAAGACCAAGUGCUGUGUCAUGUAGCUCAGGACCUUGGCGCCCUGGCCUCGGGCUCAGCGGGGCUCCAUCUCCCUCCUCUCCAGACGCCUCGGCACACCCGCCACCAACGGUCCGG